UAUGGGGAGGAAACCAUGUUGUGACAAGGUUGGAUUGAAGAAGGGGCCAUGGACGGCUGAAGAAGAUGAUAAGCUCAUUAACUUCAUCCUCACCAAUCAUCAAUACUGCUGGAGAGCUGUUCCAAAACUUGCAGGAUUGUUGAGAUGCGGAAAGAGUUGUAGAUUGCGAUGGAUAAAUUAUCUGAGACCUGAUCUUAAAAGAGGGAUUCUCUCCGAUUAUGAAGAGAAUAUGGUUAUUCAUCUCCAUUCUCAGCUAGGCAAUAGAUGGUCGAAAAUUGCUUCUCAUUUUCCGGGAAGAACUGAUAACGAAAUAAAGAAUUUUUGGAAUACCUACAUUAAGAAAAAGCUUAAGAAGAUGGGAAUUGAUCCAAACACUCAUAAACCACUUCCUUCUAUAUCUACUCCCGAUCAUCAAGAACCACUUACUAAAGAUCAUGAUCAAGAACAACACAAAACUCAUCGCGAUGAUGAUCAUGAUCAUCAACAAAUAUUUGAUAAUGAUCAUGUUGAUAAAAUAUUAUUUGGAGAUCAUACUACAUCUCAUGAUGAGUUUUGCAUAGAUGAAGUCCCCUUGAUCCAACCCCAUGAAAUGAUCAAUUAUUUUUCUCCUUCAUAUAUGAGUACCAAUCCUAAUUACUUAGUACUCGACGACCAGAUGUCGACGUCUUUUGAUUGGGACAACUUCUGGGAUGUCGAUGAUCAUCAUUUCAACAAUCUCGAUCUCUUUGUCAACAACAACAAUAAUUUAGGUUUUAACUUGUAGAACAUGUGAGAUCUUUUGAUAUUAUAAAAAGUUCCACUCUAGAUGUUUGUGAUUUAGGAUUUCUUAAUGUUGAAAUCCAUCUGCAUGGUAACUAAUUAAUACCAUUUGCAUGUGUUGUAUUUAAUUACCCAUGGACUAAAUUUAUCUAGAG